GUGCGCAAAGCUCAAUGUCCCUGUGCCAGCAGAGACUGCGAAGGAAGUCGACACAGCCGCAAAGGAGAUCGAGGCAAAGGGCGGCGGUAGCAAGAGGCGCGGCAAGACGCCAAUGUCUGAUGCAGCUGUUGCCGCGCUGAGAGCAGCGAGAGCCCGGGAGGCGAGGCAAAACUACGCUCGUCCCCCGACACGCGACCCGUACGAGGAGUUCCGCGCGAAGCUGCGCCAGUCGGCAUGGUCGCCCAGCAGCAGCAGCCUGAGUGCAAAAAAGGCACAGCCCCAGCUGGACCGGUCGCGGGUGUUCUUUGCCCAGGACAUCGACCCGCGCUCCUACAAUCGGGUCGUCCAGACAAUCGAACGCAGGCUGCCCGAGCUGAACUACGCGCAGUGGAGCGCGCUGCCGCUGAUGGUUGUCAGCAGCUGGAAGGACUCGUUCCACGGCAGCGGAUCAAAGUAUCCUGGCUUCGUCGUGAUUCCUGCUGAUUUCUCAGUAUCCGGUAAGCCCCCAUCAUCAAACGUCACUUCCUGGCACCCAUGAUUGCGUAUGCUCAUUUGGCUAUUAUUGCUACAUAGAAUUCACUCGGUAUCUGCAAGAGAACCU